GACACUGCAGAGUCAACUUGCCAACCAUUUGUUUGGGUUUUGCGGAACUGCCAUUGCAUACUAUUGGCCUAGCAAUGUGGCGCUGUGCCAAUCCUCUUUUCUCUCUCAUCUAUCUAAGUUUAGCUUGCCACUUUUGACAGUGGCUUCUUCACUUGUUUCGUUAGAAGGUCAGCAACUUGAAGAAGAGAAGAAGAAGAAGAGUGUCAGAUGGGAAGAAUAUUCGUGUUAGAGCUAGAGGGAAGGUCUUACAGAUGCAAGUUCUGCAAGACCCACUUGGCCCUCUUCGCCGAUUGUGUCUCCAGGGUCUCAUUUUUCCCUUGUGAUUUGGUCAGGCUUUUCAUUGUCGCCGGGGAAAAGCGUACCUCUUCAACAAUGCGCCCCCUUUUGAUCUUAGACAUCUCUCAAACUCUUCCCAGCACAAUGACUUUCCCAAUAAAGAGGCAAGCCAAGAUCAAACAAAAGCAGAAUGGUAAUGAAUCAACAGUGGACACAGAGAGAUUGGCUUGUUGGGAAAGGAGAAUGAACCCCAAACCACAUACCAUAGGGAAGUGUCUUCACAUUAUAUUCAGUGUGUAGAGUUCAAGACAAUCAAAGCUUUGUUACAAUGUUUAACUGACAAAAGAUGGAGUUAGACAUCUUAGAAGGUUGGCAACUGCAAUAGUAAGACUCUUAAGAAAUUGCCUGAUUGGAUAUUGGAGAAAUGAAACCCAUGAAGUGACUUCCAAAUCUGUAGUUUAAUCACUUCGUAUAUAUUAUAUUGCUCACAGGACCUAGUCUGACUUUUGAUAUGAUGUAAACAGUUAUGUAUUGCACUAGAAAACUAAUGUUUCAUAGAUAAUUUAGGAUUUCCUGGGUUUUUUAGAAGGGAAGGCUUCAAAUUGAGAUGAAAAUUAUCAGUCUUGCUCUUGCUUUCCAUUGACAUCCAUGAUGUAAGAAGAAACUUAUAUCUGGUAGAUAGCAGAUUCCAAAUAUUAAUAGAAACUGAUAUUUCGCCUUGGAGUUUUGG